GCGCGAGCGUGCGCAGAGUGGCCCAGCGCGCCCGUGACGGAACGACGAGGCGUGGGGUGCGCGACCUCGCCCUCCGGGCCGGCCCCCGCCCCUUGGCCUGCUGCUCCGCCCCCGCGGGGCGUCCCGGGCCGCUCGUCCCUUCGGCGGCGGCAGCGCGCGGCCCGGGGUCGCCCAGAAGCCAAGCAGCAACAGCCUUUGGAGAGAGGCUAAGUGUUUCUUGACUUCUGCGGUGACAAAGACCUUGAGAAAAUUGGUACUUCUGGCCUACGCUGCCAUCGGCCUACCGCCCAGCCCAAGACAGCCCAAGCUGGACAUUAGUGCCUCCCUCUUUAUUCCUGUGUGAUCAUCCAGAUCAGCACCUGACUGUUUAUUUUCAAAUCUGACAAACCCAGCCCCCGGGUCUUCAUAUUCUGGUUGUCAGCUGCUCUUGAAGGACAGUGACUUGUUACCACUACAACGGCAGAGCCUGCCAUCCUCACCAGAUCUUCAGUCAUCCCCUGACAUCACCCCCUCCCCCAUCUCCCUUUGUGGCCUCCUAAAUGCCCAUCUCACUGGCCUGGGUUCAGCCGGUGGUAUGGAGGGGUGCUGCCUAGCACUGACCUGGGAGUGUGUGUGACCCACUGCUCCAAUGGACAUCAAAGGCCAGUUCUGGAAUGAUGAUGAUUCGGAGGGAGAUAAUGAAUCAGAGGAAUUUCUCUAUGGAGUUCAGGGGAGCUGUGCAGCUGACCUGUAUCGACACCCACAGCUUGAUGCAGACAUUGAAGCCGUGAAGGAGAUCUACAGUGAGAACUCUGUAUCCAUCAGAGAAUAUGGAACUAUCGAUGACGUGGACAUUGACCUCCACAUCAACAUCAGCUUCCUCGAUGAGGAAGUCUCUACAGCCUGGAAGGUCCUCCGGACAGAACCUAUUGUGUUGAGGCUGCGAUUUUCUCUCUCCCAGUACCUUGAUGGACCAGAACCGUCAAUUGAGGUUUUCCAGCCAUCGAAUAAGGAAGGGUUUGGGCUGGGUCUUCAGUUGAAAAAGAUCCUGGGUAUGUUCACAUCCCAACAAUGGAAACAUCUCAGCAACGAUUUCUUGAAGACCCAGCAGGAGAAGAGGCACAGUUGGUUCAAGGCAAGUGGUACCAUCAAGAAGUUCCGAGCUGGCCUCAGCAUCUUCUCACCCAUCCCCAAGUCUCCCAGUUUCCCUAUCAUACAGGACUCCAUGCUGAAAGGCAAACUGGGUGUACCAGAGCUUCGGGUUGGGCGCCUCAUGAACCGUUCCAUCUCCUGCACCAUGAAGAACCCCAAAGUCGAAGUGUUUGGCUACCCUCCCAGCCCCCAGGCAGGUCUCCUGUGCCCCCAGCACGUGGGCCUCCCUCCCCCAGCACGGACCUCUCCUUUGGUCAGUGGUCACUGCAAGAACAUCCCCACUCUGGAAUAUGGAUUCCUUGUCCAGAUCAUGAAGUAUGCAGAGCAGAGGAUUCCUACGUUGAAUGAGUACUGUGUGGUGUGUGAUGAGCAGCAUGUCUUCCAGAAUGGGUCCAUGCUCAAGCCAGCUGUCUGUACUCGUGAACUGUGCGUUUUCUCCUUCUACACACUGGGAGUCAUGUCCGGAGCUGCAGAGGAGGUGGCCACUGGAGCAGAGGUGGUGGAUCUGCUGGUGGCCAUGUGUAGGGCAGCUUUGGAAUCCCCUAGAAAGAGCAUCAUCUUUGAGCCUUAUCCCUCUGUGGUGGACCCCACUGAUCCCAAGACUCUGGCCUUUAACCCUAAGAAGAAGAAUUAUGAGCGACUUCAGAAAGCUCUGGAUAGUGUGAUGUCCAUCCGGGAAAUGACCCAGGGCUCAUAUCUGGAAAUCAAGAAGCAGAUGGACAAGCUGGAUCCCCUGGCCCAUCCUCUCCUGCAGUGGAUCAUCUCUAGCAACAGGUCACAUAUUGUCAAACUACCUCUCAGCAGGCAGCUGAAGUUCAUGCACACCUCACACCAGUUCCUCCUGCUGAGCAGCCCUCCUGCCAAGGAGGCUCGGUUCCGGACCGCCAAGAAGCUUUACGGCAGCACCUUUGCCUUCCAUGGGUCCCACAUUGAGAACUGGCAUUCGAUCCUUCGCAAUGGGCUGGUCAAUGCAUCCUACACCAAACUGCAGCUGCAUGGAGCAGCCUAUGGCAAAGGCAUCUACCUGAGCCCCAUCUCCAGUAUUUCCUUUGGAUACUCAGGAAUGGGAAAAGGACAGCACAGGAUGCCCUCCAAGGAUGAGCUGGUCCAGAGAUAUAACAGGAUGAAUACCAUUCCCCAGACCCGAUCCAUUCAGUCGAGGUUCCUGCAGAGUCGGAAUCUAAACUGUAUAGCACUUUGUGAAGUGAUUACAUCUAAGGACCUCCAGAAGCAUGGGAACAUCUGGGUGUGCCCUGUGUCUGACCAUGUCUGCACACGGUUCUUCUUUGUAUAUGAGGAUGGUCAGGUGGGCGAUGCCAACAUUAAUACUCAGGACCCCAAGAUACAGAAGGAAAUCAUGCGUGUGAUCGGAACUCAGGUUUACACAAACUGAGGGGGCCCCAGCCCUCGUACCACCCCUGUUCCCCCAGGAUCCAUCUGCCCUCAUAAAAGGGGUCAGGAGCAGCUGGCGAGGCUGUCCUGAGGAAUCAAGGGGCCAUUACCAAGGGUCAGGAAAAGGAUAGAAGAGGCGGCCUUCAUGGUGGAGACUGACCCAGGAACCACUCCACAUUUGGAUGGCCCAGACUGACUCCCUACUCCUGAUUUUCCCAGUUGACUUCACCCUGUUUGUAAAUAAAACAAUAAAAUGGAAGGUGCUGUGGACUGGA